AUGCGCUGCUUGCUGCUGCAGGCAGGGGAGGGGUGGGAGGAGCUGGUGGAGCUCCACGCCCUGCCUGUGGGCACGCUGCCAGAGGACGUUUUGCAGCAGGGCCAGCUGUACCAGGCAAGCAUUGCAGGCGGCAGCGGCGGGCGGCUCUACUGGCAGCACAGCCCUUUGGCUUGGCAGCACAACCUGCUGGCCUCUGGCCUUGCAAACACCCAGGCACGUGUGUGUGGCGAUGCCGUGCUCGCCCUCCCCGAGCCGGCCUCCGAGCUGCAGCUGCACCAACAGGUCCAGCAGCUGGCCGCUCAGCACCUGCGGCACAGCGCAGGGUGGCGACUGAGCGGGGCGGGGCCCUGCGGCGCCAUCGGCGGCAUCGACCCCAGCUGCGCGCCUGGGCGCCGCAAGCGGUCAGUGGGGUCCCAGCAGCAGCAGCAGGCGCUCCUGCAGCAGCUGCUGCGCCGGCCUGUGCGCGCCUCUGCGCAGCAGCGGCCCGGCGUGGCAGCUGAUGCACAGGCUGGCGCGCAAGAGUGGGGCGAGGCUGCGGUGGCGGCUCCCGGCACCCCAGAACGCCAGCCGGUGCUGGCUGCCACAACCGCCGCAGCAGGCGUCCAGCAGCCCGGACCCGAGCCUGAGAACCCGCAACCGCAGCAGGCCGGCCUCAGGGCCGCCCGCCAGCACCCUCCGCAGCAGCAGGCCUCCCACGAGGUCCAGAUCUUCGAGUGCGAGCCGCGGCAGCAGCUGCUCUGGAGCAUCGCGGGCCGCGCCACCUCCAUGAGCUGGCAGGGAGGAGCGGCAGCAGCGGGGGCACCGGCAGCUGGGGCAGGGCCAGCGGGCUUGUCGCCAGCUGUUGCAGUGCCAGCUGUUGCAGUUCAGCCCGCCACCUGCGACUCCCUCCCUGCCGCUGCCCCGGCAGCAGCGGAAGCAGUGCUUGGCCUCCCAUCAGACGCAGCCCCUGCCGUGCUGCCUGUCAAGUACCGCGGCAGCCUGGAGCGCUCGUGCUGGACGGAGCUGCAGCCGGAGAUGCUGGCAGUUGUGCUGGCCCAAGCAGGUCACAGCAGCCACACGGCACGCACGCUGAGCCAGGUGUGCAGCAGCUGGCGGCAGGGCGUGGCGGCAGAGCGCAGUGCGCUGCGCCAGCUUCGCUUCUCCCGGCUGGAGCCCCGCGCGGCCGGCAGCUGCGGCAAUGGCAGCAGCCAGGCAAGCAGCGCUCUGAGCGGCGCUGGUGCCGAGCGCAGCAGCAGCAGCGGCGGCUUCCAGCUGCCCUGGCUGGUGGAGCAGGCGGUCAAGGCGGGCAAUGUGGCCGCCAGCGUGGCAGCCGCACGUUACCUGGAGCGGCAGGGGCAGGAUGGCGUCCUUCCGCAGUCGACGCCUGGCUCCGCUGCAGCGCUCAGGGCCGCCGGCACCUGGUAUGGCGCCGAGAGUGAGGCUGCUGCGCUGAGGCGUGGCGCUGGCGCUGCCGCGGCACGGUCGUCAGGCAUGGCUGCGCAGGCUGCGCGAUACUGGGCCCGCGCGGCCAAGGCUGGGCACCCCGAGGCGCAGUGGAAGCUUGGGUUGGGGCACUACAAGGGCCUCAUGGGCCUCUCCCACGACAGCGAGGAGGCGCUGAUGUGGCUGUCGCGCGCCGCCAGGCAGCUGGAGGAGGCUGCGGCAAAGCCAGGCGGCGGCGCCGGCAGCAGCGACUGCCGCGGCGCUGCCGGGACACCCCCCAACACCGUGCAGCCAAGGCUGCCUGUCCUCAUGACUCAGGCCAGCUGCCGCCAGACCUUGGCCCAGGCAGCGCACAUCCUCGGCUAUUUGUGUUUGGAUGGAGAAGGCACCCGGGCCGACACCCAAGCCGCCAUCCGCUGGUUCCGCCUGGCUGAGCGCUACGGCUGCUUGGAGGCGGGGCGCGUGCUGGGCUCGUUGUACAACAGUGGCCAGUACUGA